CAGCCAGAGGGCAAAAGCACAGGAAGAGAGGAAAGUUUCUCCACUAUAUGCGCACUGAUGACAUGUCGUCUCAACCAAAGCGGAAACCAACAAUGUCCAGCAUCAUGAAAGUGUUUCUGCUCCUGGCUGUCGUGGUCUGUCUCUCCAGUGCCCAAGUUGUGGAGCAGCAGUGUCUCUGUCAACGUGUCAGGAAUAGAAUCAUCUCUAAGUCGGACAUUAAGGACAUCCAGAUCUACCAAGCAACCACCUUCUGUAACAAAGUGGAGAUUGUUGUCACCAACAACAGCGGCCUUCGCUACUGCCUGAACCCUAAUCUAAAUGCAGUGAAAAAGCUCAUGGCUUCCAUCAUGAAACUGAAAGUGAAACCCUCUACAACAGCCAGACCAACUGAGGUCACUUCCACCCCAUAAACUGUUGGAUUAACGUGAAAAUAAUUUGUACAUGGUUGCACAUAUUAGAAUUGUGUUUACUGAAAAUUAUUUGUUCUUGAUCAAUAUACUGAAUUCUUAUUUGUUAACUAAGAUGACUUUUAAAGUCAACUUAAAAUUCCACCUUAAUUAAUAAAUUCUGGAAUCACCCCUGGUUGUAUUAGUUUUACAUGAUAAUAUACAGUCUGAUUACUGAUUUAGGUAUUUUGUACAUACAGUUUUCUCGAGGUAGCUGUGGCUCACUUAUUGCUAACUAUGAGUGGAAAUGAGGCUUGUACAUGUGCACCCAGUUCAACAAACAGAAUAUGCAGCUGUAUCAAUUUGUCUUUGUGCGUAUGCAGUUUUAGUCAUGAAUCUUUAUUUAUGUGGCCCCUGGAUUGCAGGGAAUGGUGGUAAUACUACAUCAAUUUGUCAUUCAUCCGAAAACAAGAAUAACAGAAAAGAACAUACAGCAUUAAGCAAUCUUAAACACAGAUUUAAUUAGAAUAGAAUAGAACAGUUGUACAGGUGAUACAAGUACAACAAAAUGAUGUAUGGGGCAAACCUUGAUGCUUAUCGUAUAUAUACACAAUACUGUACUUUCAUUUCCUUUUAUUUGUUAUUGUAAAUAGAUUUAUGUAUUGUAAAGUUUUCUGCAUUCUGGUCGUUAAAGUGUUUUGUUUAAAGACUGAUUCUGUGGUGCGCCAUAUCAACAGUGCCACUUUGUGGUUGCAGCCUGCCAUUGCAGAAUUAGGUUGCCAAAUAUUAACCAACAAACCAUUAGCCAGUUUCUCUCUAAAGCACCUUCUCAACACAAUUUAGGUCUUACUGGUACUUACAAUGUAUCAGAUACCAGAGGACACCAAUGCUGCAGACAGACUGAGAUUACACGGUGAAUAACUCGCCAGCACCAUGUGUUCAUGCUCAAUUUCAGGGAUGGCUCAGAUCAGUUGAGUCUCAUAGGCUGUAGUCCUCCACACCCACUCACUCUCUCUCUCUCACACACACACACACACACACACACACACGCUGACAUUCAUUCCCUAGAGCAGUAGUUCUCAACCUUUGAGUCGCGACCCCCAAUUUAACAUGCAUGUUGUCUGCGACCCCCUCUCACUGAACAGAAUCUCACACGCACAGUUCAGAUCAUACAAACUCAGUUGAUACGAAGAAUUUUGGAUAAAUAAUGAAGCAGACAACAACAUAAAACAUCUCUCUGUCUGUGCAUUUAUAUAUAUUGUUUAUAUUUUAUUGUUACUUUUAAUCUAAGUUCUUGCUAUAAGUUUAAAGGUCCAUUCUGACCUGAGUGUGUAACAGUCAGCUUCAAGCCAGAGACUCCUUGGAAAGUAAUAACUUGCUACUUUGGGAUUUGUCAGAAAAGACACUAAAAUACCCAAAAAAGAAUCAAAUUGACCAAAAAAGACACAAAAUGACAAAAAAAAGACACAAAGUGACCAAAAAAGUACAUAAGAUUAGCAAAAAAGGACUUAAAUUGACCACAA